GUUUUCUCCAAAAUCUUCAGCCACGAGGCGCUGGAGAGUUACCUCCCCAAGAUCCAGCUGGUGAUCAAGGACACCCUCCGUGCCUGGAGCAGCAACCCCGAGCCCAUCAACGUGUACCACGAGGCGCAGAAGCUGACGUUCCGCAUGGCCAUCCGCGUCCUGCUGGGCUUCCGCAUCCCCGACGAGGAGCUCGGCCGCCUCUUCGAGGUCUACCAGCAGUUCGUGGAGAACGUCUUCUCCCUGCCCGUGGACCUGCCCUUCAGUGGCUACAGGAGGGGAAUCCGGGCACGGGAGACGCUGCAGAAGGGGCUGGAAAAAGCCAUCCAGGAGAAACUGCAGAACACGCAGGGCAAGGACUACGCCGAUGCCUUGGACAUCCUGAUAGAGAGCGGGAAAGAGCACGGGAAGGAGUUGACCAUGCAGGAGCUGAAGGAUGGCACCCUGGAGCUGAUCUUCGCCGCCUACGCCACCACGGCCAGCGCCAGCACCUCCCUCAUCAUGCAGCUCCUCAAACACCCCCGAGUGCUGGAGAAGCUGCGGGAGGAGCUCAGGAGCAAAGGGAUCCUCCACAACGGCUGCAUCUGCGAGGGCUCCCUGCGGCUCGACAACAUCAGCAGCCUCCACUACCUGGACUGUGUCAUCAAGGAGGUGCUUCGGCUCUUCACCCCCAUCUCCGGCGGGUACCGGACGGUGCUGCAGACCUUCGAGCUGGAUGGUUUCCAGAUCCCCAAAGGCUGGAGUGUGAUGUACAGCAUCCGGGACACCCACGACACCGCCCCGGUCUUCAAGGACGUGGACGUGUUCGACCCCGAGCGCUUCGAGCAGGGCCGGAGCGAAGACAAGGACGGCAGGUUCCACUACCUCCCCUUCGGAGGAGGAGUACGGACCUGUCUGGGGAAGCACCUGGCCAAGCUUUUCCUCAAGGCCCUGGCCAUCGAGCUGGCCAGCACCAGCCGCUUCGAGCUCGCCACCAGGACUUUCCCCAAAAUCACCCUGGUGCCCGUGGUCCACCCGGUUGACGGACUCAAGGUCAAGUUCUUCGGACUGGAUUCCAACCAGAACGAGAUCCUGGCGGGGACAGACGCCAUGCUGGGGGCCACCGUGUAACGCCCACGCCGCGGCGGCGCCAGGGACGGAGGGGCGGGGUGGGGGCGAGGGAUGGACAGGAGGGGAGGAGAGAAAGGGCUGAGGAGCUUCUCCACCACGCAGAGCCUCCGGAUCUCGGGACU